ACAUACAUACUAUAAAAUAGUCCUCCACUUCCCUCUCCCGUGUACACCCACCUCCUCAAGAACACAUUUUGGGGAAGGAAAGAUUCGAUAUAAAGAAGGAGAUAUCAUAUACGGCACGGCUAACCCAUCAAGCAAACUUAAAGUAUGAGUUAUUACAAUCAGAAUCAGCCUCCUGUUGGUGUCCCUCCUCCGCAAGGCUAUCCGCCGGAAGGAUAUCCCAAGGACGCAUAUCCGCCGCCGGCAUAUCCUCAGCAGGGAUAUCCGCCACCGGGAUAUCCUCCUCAGCAGGGAUAUCCCCCGGCCUACGCCCCUCAGUACGGGCAGCCUCCCCCUCCGCAACGCCAACAGGGCAGCAAUACUGGCUGCUUGGAAGGCUGUUUGGCUGCUUUGUGCUGUUGUUGCCUCUUGGAUGCCUGCUUCUGAUCAUGAGAAACUCUGCAGCAGCAAAAAAUUGGGAGAAAUUACAUUUCCCAUCUAUUUAGAUUGUCUAGUUUUUCUUCUUCCCCUCCCUCCCCUUCUCUUGACUGUUGUUCCUUAUAAAUAAUAAUAUUGUACUUUUGUUUGGAAGUGAACGUGUCAUUACCCAUUUCUUUCUUUCUUUC